UGGAUAUUAGAUAUUGGAAUUGUUCAUUGUAUAUUGGAUAUUGGAUCACCAUGGUCUCGCUCACAAACAAUAUUCAAAAAUGUUGAUUCCAAUAACCGAUUUUCGGUGGUGUGAAAACCUAUGUGAAGUAGAGUUGAUUGUGCCUCUUCAUGGCAUGAUUGCUUCAAACGCAGAUACAUUUUUGACAAGCCGGUAUAUUAAAAUUGUUAUCAAACCGUACAUUUUUGAAUGUGUACUCUACAAAUCGAUCAAUGUAGAAGAAAGUACUUUAAAGUUGAUUGAUGGUAUAGCUGAGUUUAAUUUGAAGAAGAUUAAUGCAGAAUUAUGGAAACAAUUGACAUCAGAUGCAAUGAAGGAUAAAAAGAGUCUACUACAAAUUAAACAAGAUGCUAUACUGGAACAUCAAGAACAUGAACAGAAACGUGUUAAAACAAAUAAAGAAAUGAAUAGAAAAGGUGAAAAAUAUGCCUUAGAACAAGUUAUGAAGUUGGAAAGUUUAUCUCGUGAGAAAAUAAAGUUAGAAAAAGAAGAGGCUGGUAAACAAAUCUUACAAGAUUUUAUGACUAUUCAUAAGGAAACUGAUGAAGAAAAGAAUGAAAUGCAGAAGAAGAUUCAAGAGGCUCGCUUGUUAGUUAAAGAACAGAUGCACAAAAUUGCGUCUGAUGUAAAUAAAAAUAAUAUAAAAUUAACUGGAGAAAUUCAAAGAAAAUCUAUUUUUACUGAGAAACCAAUUGAUUUGCCCAUUAGAACAUCAUCUACCAUUGAAGUAAAAUUCACACCUAGAAUAUUUCCUACACCUGAGAGAGAAUCAGUAAAACAAGCUGAAGAGGAGUGGUUAAGUAAACAAGCUGAAUAUAGAAGAAAAUUAUUGGAUCGAGUUAUACCUAAUGACCUAUCAAGGAAUGAAGUGGAUCCUAUCUGGUUACGCAAGAAAGGAGAUUCAUUAUUUCAAGCUGGAGAUUAUGAAGCUGCAGUGAUUGCUUAUACUGAAGCUAUAUCACAAAAUCCUAAAUUACACUCGUAUCCUUUGUUAUUUGGUAUUAAUUGUCGAGUGCAAACGAUUCCACUUCUGAGUCUGUUCUUGAUAGGGUAGAUAGAUACUACAGUGUGAUAUAGUAUAUUCAUCAUAUCCCAACCAUUCACAUCAGCAUAAGUUCACGAUUCUGUGAACAAAAUUGCAUCAGUUGAUUGAAAUUUUAAUUCUUAUCAUGAUAUUACUCACUUCUUGGUCUGUGUAAUGUUUAACUAACUUACCACCUUAUACUUACUAUUCAUGUUGCUCCAUUCUCUUUAUUGUUAAAAAUACUUUUCUGUUCGGUUUUUGUUCUAUUCUGUUAUAUAAUAACAUUAGCUGAUACACCUUUAUGUGACAUUCUGCUGUAAUUCAUCUAUUUUUCAAAUAAUAUUUAAUAUACAGGAUAUUAUGCUACUCAUC